AUGGCCACUGAAGCUGGCGGGCCGGCCCCCGCGCCGCAGGUGACGGACAAGAAGGACAAGAAGGAGCAGGCCAAGGGCCAAGGCAAGGACCAGCAGCCAGCCGCCCCCGGCGAGAAGAAGCUCACCAACGCCGAGCUCAAGAAGAAGGCCAAGGAGGAAAAGGCCGCCAGGAGGGCCCAGGCCAAGGCCUCGCAGGCUCCCCAAGGUCCCCCUCAGGGCGGACAUUCUCAGGCGGGCUCCUCUGAGGGCAAGGGCAGCAAAGGGAAGCCCAAGCAGGAUGGGCAGCAUGGCGGCAGUGGUGCUAAGCUCCCUCUGCGACCGGCCACGACGACGGCCGUGGUCAAGGAUACGAAGCCCACGAUACCAGACUGCUUCAGCCAUCUGUCUAUGGCACGACGGAUAGACAUGACGCACGCUGACAAGGACGUCAACCCCGCGGUGCUGGUUCUCGGAGAGCACAUGAGUGCCUUUGCCAUCAGUGAUAGCAUCACUCGACUCGAGGCGACUCUACUAGCCUUCCAGAAGGUCAUCGAGUCUUACACAACCCCCCACGGCUCAACCUUUUCGCGCCACUUCACCUCGCACGUCCUCAACCCCCAGAUCGAAUACCUCACAGCAUGCCGCCCCAUGUGCUUCUCCAUGGGCAACGCCAUCCGAUGGCUCAAGCUCCAGAUCAGCAAGGUCGACAUUGACCUGCCCGACCUGGAUGCCAAGAAGCUCCUCUGCGAGUCCAUCGACAACUUCAUCCGCGAGCGCAUCGCCCUCGCCGACUAUGUCAUCGUCAAGACCGCCGCCGAUAUGAUCGCCGACGGAGACGUCAUUCUCACCUACGCUCACCACAACCUCGUUGAGCGCACCCUGCUUCGGGCCCGUCUCACUGGAAAGAAGGACUUCCGUGUCAUUCUUGUUGACGACCCCUACGAGCGUGUCGGUAUUCACCUCGCAAAGAGGCUCGCAGCAGCUGGUAUCCAGGUCGCCUACUCCUCCGACCUCGGCGCCCUACGCACUCACCUCUCUGAGGCCACUCAGGUCCUCCUGGCCGCCGAGGCCAUCUUCAGCAACGGUGCCAUGUAUGCCCGCGCAGGUUCUGCCGACAUUGCAACCGCCGCAACAGAUCUAGGCGUCCGCGUCGUCGCCCUAUGCGAGACCAUCAACUUCACCGAGCGAGUCUCAAUCGACUCACUCACCUACAACGAGAUCGACCCUGAGCGGUGCACCGACGUGGGCUUCCGCCUGCUGUUCGACACCACCCGGGACAAGUACAUCUCGGUGGUGGUGACGGAGCUGGGCAAUUCAUCGGCGACUUCUGUGCCGGCCAUUCUAAGAAAACUAGAGGAGCUGUAG